ACCACAGCAGUAUCUUUACUGAUACCGUUCUACACGCCCCCUAGGAUUCUCUCAAGUAAAAUCAAUUCCGCAAACCCAUUCUGAGUCCCUGCUCUUAGACUGCGACUCCACGAAGACAGACCUCGAGGUUUUUUGGGCAUGGAGCACGCCUGGUGCACAGCUCAGAAAGUGUUAAAUGAAUCGACAGCACUUUGGGAAAAAAAAACUUUUUUUUUUCUUUAAGGCAAUACAUUGACAUGGUUCAAAAUUCAAAACACACACAACGACAUUUACGGAAAAGUGUCCUUCCUAUCCUGGAUCCUCAGACUUCCCAGAGAAACUAGUAUUCUUCCAGGGAUAGACGACGACGAUGAUAAUAAUGGGUAGCUAAACCUUGUAUCUCACUUACCAUGUGCUAAGCAACAUUCUAAUAGCUUUGCAUUACAUUAACUUCACUAAACCCUCUGAGAUAGGAACAACUGCCCUUACUUUAUGAGUAAAAACAAGACUAUAAAGCUAUUACAUACAUUUAACAUCUUAUUCCCCCCCCAUUUUUUACAGAUAUACUCUACACACUAUUCAGCACCUUGCUUUUUUCACUUCAGAAUACUGUACAUUUUGAAGAGGAUUCCCUUUUUAUAUCUAAAGUGUUCCAAUGUGUGAAUGUGCAUGUCAUGAUUUGCAACCGUUCCUUUACUGAUGGCAAUUAGGAAAGUUCAACUAAACGAUGCGGUAGUGACCGACGGCAGUUUCUAAAAUGGGUGUGGAAAUGCCAACUACAGAAGGGAGGAGGAGGGGGAGGGUCUCCGGUCCCACCUCCACCGCACUUCUACAGGCCACGCCCCCUAGUCUCUGAGGGACGCUCAGAGCCCUCGAACAACAAAGUCCUUCGCCUAGAAGGGCCGGAAGUACUUCAGGGCGCUCACCAACCACCGCCCCUCCGCUUCCGGCAUCGGCGGUGCGGAGUCCCUGCUGCAGUUCUCUGUGUCCGGUCGGUAGGAUGGCGCCGGGCCGAUGCGGUCAUAGCACCGAGAGCAGACAGGCGCCAAGCCCUUCCACCGUCCCCCGAAGUUUAUCCCCAGUGGCGGGCGAUGGGGGAGGCCGGGCUUUCUGUUUCGUCUGCGUUCCCUGCUCCCUCGCAUCACAGAGGCGUGCGCCUCCGUCUUUCUAGGUCUCCCGCCCUGUUCCCGAGUGCCUGCUAGAGCGUCUUCUCACCUUUUCCUGUCACCCAGGGACCCGGGGCGGGUAAGGGUGGGGAGAGGGGUAGAAAGGGACGUAGCGUGACCGCGGAUGGAACUCGCGAGCUUGGGUAGCUCGCAGCACCGGAAGUGUUGGGGGGACGGAAAUGAGGGGGCGGAGCCAGGAAGUGAGGAAGGGCGGGGGUUUAUGAGGAGGCCAAGGGAGCUGUGGGGUAGAUUUGCACUCAGGGCCACCUGAGGGACUUGGCGGUAGCGCUCAGCUGUGUCCCCUCCCCUCUCAGGGACACGGUUGUCGUCUGGGAGUAGGGAACUCUGUGCGGAGGGGUGGGUUGUCGGGAGGACAUUUCUCAGGCUGCGCUUGAGGCAAGGUGUGGAGAAGCAGGGCUGGGGGUGGGGCUGGGUCGUCAGGGCGUCUGAGAGGGAAGACCCCCCCGCCCCCCACCCCCCCACCGCCCGUCUACACUGGCUGACUGGACACUAAGAUGGCUGCCGUUGCCAUGGCACCCAACCCUGUGCAGACCCUUCAGGAGGAGGCGGUGUGCGCCAUCUGCCUCGAUUACUUCACGGACCCUGUGUCCAUCGGCUGCGGGCACAACUUCUGCCGAGUGUGUGUAACCCAGCUGUGGGGAGGGGAGGAUGAAGAGGACAGGGACGAGUUAGACCGGGAGGAAGAGGAGGACGACGGAGAGGAGGAGGAAGUGGAGGCUGUGGGAGUCGGUGGGGGGUGGGACACCCCCAUGAGGGAUGAAGACUAUGAGGGCGACAUGGAGGAGGAAGUCGAGGAGGAGGAGGAGGGUGUGUUCUGGACCAGUGGCAUGGGCGGGUCCAACUGGGAAAACAUGGACUACGUGUGGGAGGAGGAGGACGAGGAGGAAGACCUGGACUACUACUUGGGGAACGUGGAGGGGGACCUGAGGGGGGAGGAUGAGGAGGAUGAGGAGGAAGUGCUGGAGGAGGAGGAGGAAGAGGAGCUAGAUCCCGUCACCCCACUGCCCCCGCCUCCAGCCCCUCGGAGGUGCUUCACCUGCCCCCAGUGCCGCAAGAGCUUUCCCAGGCGGAGCUUCCGCCCCAACCUGCAGCUGGCCAACAUGGUCCAGGUGAUUCGGCAGAUGCAUCCAACCCCUGGUCGAGGGAGCCGUGGGAACGAGCAGGGCAUUUGUCCCAAACACCAAGAAGCCCUGAAGCUCUUUUGCGAGGUGGAUGAAGAAGCCAUCUGUGUGGUGUGCCGAGAAUCCAGGAGUCACAAACAGCACAGCGUGGUGCCAUUGGAGGAGGUGGUGCAGGAGUACAAGGCCAAACUGCAGGGGCAUGUGGAACCACUGAGGAAGCACUUGGAGGCUGUGCAGAAGAUGAAGGCCAAGGAGGAGAGGCGGGUGACAGAGUUGAAGGUGGUAUCCACCAUCCCCUUUGCAUCAUCCCAGAGCCAGAUGAAGUCAGAGCUGGCAGCUGUGGCCUCAGAAUUUGGGCGGCUGACACGGUUUCUGGCCGAAGAGCAGGCAGGGCUAGAGCGGCGCCUCCGAGAGAUGCACGAAGCUCAGCUGGGGCGCGCGGGAGCAGCGGCCAGCCGCCUCUCGGAGCAGGCUGCCCAGCUGAGCCGCCUGCUGGCUGAGGCCCAGGAGCGGAGCCAGCAGGGGGGCCUGCGGCUGCUCCAGGACAUCAAGGAGACUUUCAAUAGGACCCGAGUUUCUGCCUCCUGGACCCUCUCCUUCCCCUCAGCUUCUGCUCUUCCCUCUGGGAAUAUCAUGGUCCCACCCCCUGCCCGGUCCCCUUCCUCCAGGUGUGAAGAGGUACAGCUGCAGCCCCCAGAGGUCUGGUCCCCUGACCUGUGUCAACCCCAUAGCCAUGACUUCCUGACAGACGCCAUCGUGAGGAAAAUGAGCCGGAUGUUCUGUCAGGCUGCCCGAGUGGACCUGACGCUGGACCCUGACACGGCUCACCCGGCCCUGAUGCUGUCCCCUGACCGCCGGGGGGUCCGCCUGGCAGAGCGGCGGCAGGAGGUUGCUGACCAUUCCAAGCGCUUCUCGGCAGACUGCUGCGUGCUGGGGGCCCAGGGCUUCCGCUCUGGCCGGCACUACUGGGAGGUAGAGGUGGGCGGGCGGCGGGGCUGGGCAGUGGGUGCUGCCCGUGAAUCAACCCAUCAUAAGGAGAAGGUGGGCUCUGGGGGGUCCUCUGUGGGCAGCAGUGAUGCCAGCUCCUCCUCUCGCCAUCACCACCGCCGCCGCCGGCUCCACCUGCCCCAGCAGCCCCUGCUCCAGCGGGAAGUGUGGUGUGUGGGCACCAAUGGCAAACGCUACCAGGCACAGAGCUCAACGGAGCAGACACUGCUGAGCCCAAGUGAGAAACCAAGGCGCUUUGGCGUGUACCUGGACUAUGAGGCCGGGCGCCUGGGCUUCUACAAUGCAGAGACUCUGGCUCAUGUGCACACCUUUUCGGCUGCCUUCCUGGGCGAGCGUGUCUUCCCUUUCUUCCGGGUGCUCUCCAAGGGUACCCGUAUCAAGCUCUGCCCUUGAUCAACCUGCCACCCGCAGGGGCCCCUCUGGUUAGCACUGGGGGGGCGGGUGGUGGUGGAAAGUAGCCCAUAAGUUUGGGAGCUCAAGGCUCCUCUAUUCGUUAUUAUGUUGCUUCCUGCUCCUCCUUGACCCCAGGCCCCUGCUUCUCCCUCUAGGAGCCUAAUGAACUUCCCUAGCUUCCAGCUCAGUCUUCUCACCUACUACGUCUGUCCAACAGGUCUGCAUGGGUCCCUGAUGAGAACAGUUGCCUGGUCGUCUCUCCCUUCUUCUGCCCAGGGAUCUGAGUUUUUGAGUAGGGGAUAAGGGGAGAUUGUAAUCUCAUUAUAAACUUCCAUCCCUGUUCAACUUUCAUGUCAGUUGAGACUGGAGGAUUUGGGCAAGACUCAUGACAGCCCUCAUUUCCAGUUCCAUUCCCUGAUGCAAAUUUUAGCUAAGGGAUUUGGAAGCUUUUUGGGGGGAGGCAGGCUGGGGAAAGGGUAGACCUAGAUAAUAAACAGUCUACUCUCUGGGGCAAGUAUGAAGGAUUCUAAUUUUCCUUCCAUCCCCAAUUUCUACCUCCAUAGACUGGCCAGAAUUUAGCUUCAGUGAGAGAUCUGGAGUGGUCGACAUGAUCAAAACUACAUACUACACAUCACCC